GCUAUGAUCAUCGGCAUUCAGUUUCCCCAUCGCACUUUUUUUCAACACUAGGUGAAAGUUGUAUAAAUAAAGGCUAUGAUCAUCAGUAUUCAGUUCUCUCAUCGCACUUUUUUUCAACACUAGAUGAAAGUUGCAUAAAUAAAGGCUACGAUCAUCGGUGUUCAGUUCCUCCAUCGCACUUUUUUUCAACACUAGGUGAAAGUUGCAUAAAUAAAGGCUAUGAUUAUCAAUGUUCAGUUCCCCAUCGCACUUGUUUCAACACUAAGUGCCAGCAUGAUUGUAUGGAUUUUCUUGUUUAA